AUGUCGGAAAUAGAAAAACUUUUAAAAGAACUAAUAUUAGAUAUUAAAAGAGACACUGAAGAAUCACUGCUGAAUUUAGAGACCUGUAUCACGAGCAAAAUAAAUGAUAAAAUAGACCAAAAUUUUAACUUCUUACAAAGGGAACUUGAACAAAUUAAGGAAACUAACUCCAAACAUGACAAAAGAAUUAGUGCCAUAGAAAAACACAUUAGGCAAAGGAAUGUCAUAUUCUUUGGGGUACAAGAAGGUGAAAAAUCAUAUCAGGAGUUGGAAGGAACCGUGUUACAAACUAUUAAAGACGAGCUUAAGCUGGAAUGUGACAGAAAAGAAUUAGAGACAGUCCGGAGAAUGGGAAAAUACUUAAAAGACAAAGUGAGACCUAUCGUCGUAACAUUUACAACGUACGGCAAGAAGAUUACAAUUUUGAAAAACAUGAAAUAUAUACAAACGAAAACUAUUUAUAUGAAAGAAGAUUUCCCACCUCAAAUCCUAGAAACGCGUAAAGAGUUACAAGAACAGGUAAAAAAAAGAAGGAAGCCGGAAAAAUAG